GGAUGUGGACCGUCUGGGUUGGUAUAUAACUGUCUGGGUUUCUCCUGCAGACUUACUCGAACAUCUGAUUUGAACAGAGCAAAAACACACUGGCGACUGCCAUCAUGUCCAGGAUCAUAGGUGUUACUCUCCUGCUCGUCAUUCUGGUCUGCAGCACAGUUCUACCUGCUAGAUGUAAUGUGAUCACAAGGUCCAUCCUCCAGGGGUCCAAGACACAUCUGCCCGUGACCACAAAGUCCAUCCCACAGGGGUCCACAACACAUCUGCCCGUGACCACAAAGUCCAUCCCACAGGGGUCCACAACACAUCUGCCCGUGACCACAAAGUCCACCCCCCAGGGGUCCACAACACAUCUGCCCGUGACCACAAAGUCCAUCCCCCAGGGGUCCAUGACACAUCUGCCCGUGAUCAGAAAGUCCAUCCCCCAGGGGUCCAAGACACAUCUGCCCGUGAUCAGAAAGUCCAUCCAACAGAGGUCCAAGACACAUCUGCCUGUGACCAUAAAGUCCAUUAGAGAGUGCAGGUGCAAAGUUUUCCCAAAUGGCAUUAAGAAGUGUCCUCAGCCGCUCAUACCCACAAAUGAUCAACUAAAAAAGGAUCUGAUCAAUUGCCUCUGCAGCAAAAUAGGCCAACACAUGUCUCCAGUCUGCAGAUCGUGGCAGCCUGGUCUUCCAAUCCCCCUGGUAUGAGUGGAACUAUGCGCCUGGAGCAAAGGACCUUGUACAUAACUCACACAGCAUCAUCUCACAUCACACAAGAUCAAAUCACCGUAUUACUGCAAUAUCCUGUGAUGUUAACCACUGUAUGACAUCCAGUGUCACAUGAGAAAUGACAUAUCAAAUCGCCAGGUCACCGAACAGCCACAAUGCGGUGUAACAUCACAUGGUAUUAUAUCACACUGAGCAUCACAUCGUCCUUGUAAUAUACAGUUUUGUAAAUUGUGAAUAAAGACGUGAUUUGUAUUA